UGUGCUGGGAGUUAAAUCUGGGUCCUCUGGAAGGAGAGCAGACAGUGUUCUCAAUCACUCAGCCAUUUCUUAGCCCUUAUCUAGUUAAUUUUAAAAAGAAAAUUAUAAUACAAGGGGCUAGAGAGAAGGCUCUGCCCUUGAGAGCACUAGUUGCACUUCAAAGGGUGUGAGUUCAGACAGCAACUGUGGUGGUUUGAAUAUGCUUGGCCCAGGGAGCGGCACUAUUAGGAGGUGUGGCCUUGUUGGAGGAAGUGUCGGGGUUGGGAUGGGCUUUGAGACUCUCCUCUGAGUUUCCUGAAAGUCAGUCUUCUCCUGUUUGCCUUUGGAACAAGAUGUAGAACUCUCAGCUCCUCCUGCACCAUUCCUGCCUGGAUGCUGCCAUGCUCCUGCCCUGAUGAUAAUGGACUGAACCUCUGAACCUGUAAGCCAGCACCAAUGAAAUGUUGUCCUUAUAAGAGUUGCCCAGUUCAUGGGAUCUGUUCACAGCAGAAAAACCACAACUAAGACAGAAGCAUACAUGAUGGGCAGCUUAUGACCAUCUAGUGCUCCAGCUUCAGAAAUCCAGUGUCCUCUUCUAACCUCUGCAGGCACUGGUAGCCCCCCCCCCCCUCUGUGAGUGGAUGUGGGUGUGUCAUACACAUGUGCAAUUAGAAAUAAACCACUCUUUAAGCAUGUUAACUGAAGGUCUGUGUGUUCAAUUAUGCUGUUAUUGCUGUGCUGUGAAACUGGUCUCCAGUACGAAUGCUCCUGGCUUAUGCUGGGCUGGCUUGUGUGCCUCUUUGACUUCUUUAUGUUUGCAAAGAGCAUACACAUCAAUAGGAACGUAUUUCACACUUUGGUCUUUGUGCAGCCAUGUGCAGUUUAUACUCAGACAGUACCCAGCCACACUGUCCGAGUGACACAAAGGGCUUUUCACAGCUUCGCUGUCUGCCAAGCCAUGGUCAGCACGUAGCACAGCACAUGCACUCUCUCCUUUUUAGUUGGUGGUGGAUGAACUGGGAUGCAGCCCUAUUGGAAGUCAAGGGUCAUUCAUACAGCUCGUUAUUUUAGUAUUCUUAGCAUUUCAGAAAUUGCUGCAGGAAGUUCUGUUUACGCGCUUAACUGGGCACUGGUUUAGUGCACAGCCUUUUGUGUGUAGGCAGGAUGAUCUGUUCAGCCUCUGCCCAUCCUUCUCACAUGCUCUCUAAAAUUCUAUUCUGAGACGAUGUAUAUGCUUGUACGUACAGAUUUUAUGUGACUCACCCUGUAUUGUAACAGAAAAUAAACGCAUUUAAUUAGUAGCUAAAUCAAGAAAUAAAACAUUCCUACUGGAAAGUCAUCGAAGCCUAUUUCCAGUCACCACUCCUGAGUACAACUGCAGCUGUCAUGUCCUUCACUACAGAUUCCUUCUAAACUCCCAGCAAAUGGAAUUAUGGAGUGUGUAUUUUUAUUGUUUCUGGGUUUUGUCUGCUUCUUGUUUUGUUUUUUGAGACAGUCUGAUAUAGCACAGGGUAACCUUGGAUUUGUUAUAUAGCUGAUGAUGACCUUAAACAUCUGACUGUCCUGUCUCAAUCUCCUAAUUGGUGGGAUUGUAUGAGCAUUUUCCUACCACACCCAGCUUACAUUAUUUAUUUGGUCUGUAUGUGGUAUAUAUGUGAUGUGAUAUAUAUAUAUAUACACACACACACACACACACACACACACACACAUACAUACAUACAUACAUACAUACAUGUGGGUAUAUAUAUGUGUGUGUGGUGCAUAUAUGUAUAUAUGUGGUAUGUAUGUAUGUGGUAUAUAUGUAUCCAUGUAUACUUCAUGUGCUUUGAUCCCGCCACUUGGGAAGCAGAGGCAGGUAGAUCUCUAUGAGUUCAAAACCAGUCGGAUCUACAUAGUGAGAUCCUGUCUCAAAAUAAAAUAAGGUUUAGAAACUGGGGAGUGGGGGGGUUGUUCAGUAGUUAAAAUGCUUGCAAAGGACCUUAGUGUAUGGCAAAGACCAGAGCUGUUGGACACUGAGUGUCUACCUCCAUUUCUCUCCAUCUUGUUUUCUGAGAUAGGGUUCCUCAUUUAACCUGGAGCUCACCAAUUCAGCUGGCCAUUAAACUCCAGGGAUCCCUGUCCCUCCUCCCCAGUGGCUGGAACUACAGAUGCACACUGCAAUGUCUAGCUUUUUAUUUGAGCACUGAGGAUCCGAAUUGAGAUCCUUACACUUGUGUGCCAGGGACUUUCCAACUGAGCUGUCUUCAGUGUUCCUGCAAAUAGCCCUCAAGUGUCUGUUCAGCACUAGAAGGGCAUUUGGGUGGCUCCAGUUUGGGACUAUGAAGAAAGAGUUCUAAGGCUGGGCAUCAUGAUGCUUUUAUCUCAGGACUUGGGAGGCAGACGCAGAUGGAUCUCUAUGAGUUCAGCCGGUCUACACAGGGAGCUCCCGUCUCAAAAUAAAAUAAAGUUUAGGGACUGGGGUUGUGUUCAGUAGGUAAAAUGUUUGCAAGGGACCUUAGUUUGGUCCUCACAACAUGAGUUUAAAACAAAUCUGAACAGAACAGAACAAGUAAGCAGAAAGCCCGUGCCAGCACAGUAGUGUCCCCUUGUAAUGCUAGUGUGGGAAGAUGGAGCGAGGAGGGUUCCUGUUACAUGAUGGCCAGGCAGCCCCACUUCAGUAAGCUUCAGGCUAGUGAGAGACCCUCCCUUAAAGAAGAUGGACUGUGUUCCUAAGGUUGUUCUCUGGCCUUCACACACAUAGGCACCCUCCCCCUAUACAUACAUGAGCAUUUGUAUACAUGUGCACAUGAAAAAGAGUAAAGGUUGUAAAUAUACAUGUGUGAGCGCUUGAGCACAUGCGCACGUGCACACACACACACAUUUGAUGAAAUUUUUUUUCAUCUUCAGACAUUUUUAAGGGCAUAAUUCAAGAGUAUAUAGGCAUGUGUGACCAGCUUUCCCAUUGACCACCAGCUGACUCAUUGAUUACAUUGUUUAGUUAGUUCAGUGAUUCAGUGAUAGAGUCACCUUAUAAUCAUCGUGAACUGAGAUUACACACUUACUUAAGACCGUUAGUACAAUGUCCAGUAGCUUUGCAAAGCAGUUGGGUUGUCAGUUUAACUUUAGAAGAUAGAUCCUUGAUUGUUCUUUUUUCGUUGUUUUGUUACAUGUUUAUGGGUGUUUUGUCUGCAUGUAUAUCUGUGUCUCAGGGUUUCCAUUACAGUGCAGAGACACCAUGAUCAAGGUAAUUCUUAUAUGGAUAACAUUUAAUUGAGGCUGCCUUACAGGUUCAGAGGUUCAGUCCAUUAUCAUCAAGGCAGGAGUAUGGCAGUGUCCAGGCAGGCAUGGUGCAGGCAGAGCUGAGAAUUCUACAUCUUGUUCUGAAGGCAAACAGGAGAAGACUAGCUUCCAGGCAGCUAGAACUAGGAUGAGGUCUUAAAGCCCAUGCCUACACUGACAAACUUCUCCAACAGGGCCAUACUUCCUAAUAGUGCCACUCUCUGGGCCAAGCAUAUUCAAACCACCACAAUCUACCUGGCACCAAUGGAGGUUAGAAGAGGGCUAGGAUCUGAACUCAGGUCUUCUUCAAGGGCAACAGGUGCUCUUAACUGCUGAGCCAUCUUUCCAGUCCUCUUCCUCUCCCACUCCCUCUCCCACAUAUCUCUCUGUACGUCAACUCAUUGUGUUGUCCUAGUUGGACUGGAACUCACUGUGGAGACCUAGCUGACCUCAAAUUCAGAGAUCUGCCUACCUCUUCAUCCCAAGUGCUGGGUUUAAUGGACAGGGUCGUUAUACCUGGCUAUUUUAAUUUUUGUGUGUGUGGGGAGGGGCAAUAAUAGGGUCUCACUAUUUAGCCCAGGUUAGCCUUCUAAAGCUUCCAAGUUGCUGGGAUUAGUAUGCCACUAUGCUGGCUGCUUCUCUAGACUUGAUGACUAUAAGUAUUUACUGGAUGAGUGUUUGCUGAAUACUUUCUAUGCGUAAGGCCCUGUGCUGUGUCAAGAGAGUGAAAGCUCUCACUGCACAUGCAAGCAGACUUGAUUAAUGAAAUGACCAUGUAAAUAUAAAAGAAGUAGUAAGUAUAAAAGAAGGCCCUAGGAGUAUGGGCACUAUAAACUUCAUAUGCCCUCUAUCCCCUGGUGUUGGAAAGGAACUACCAGAAAACUGGGGCUGGACUUUUCAAGCCUGAAAGAGUGUGAUUUAACUAUUAGGCAAACAAGAUGGAAGGCAGGCCAAGCCAACAGUAUAUAAUGUGGCAGACAUUGUUUUGGACCUGAACCUUUAUCCUAAGAUUUAUGGGUAACCUUCAAAAGGCAGCAGUAACCCAGUCAGAUUUGAGAACACUUUGUAGGUUUCAGAAUCAAAAUAAGAUUGGGAAAGUACCCAUGGAGUCCCCAAACCAGUAUUACGUAUUCUCAGCUUUAUUUUAUUUUUGACAGUGCUUACUAUGCAGCCUAGCCUGGCCUUAAGCAAGUGGCUCUAUCAGGUUAGAGAGCCUCCUGUCCCUACCUCUUGAGUGCUGGCGUUAUAGGUGUUGACGACACUUUACACAGGGCAUGGCAGUUGCUUGGAGUAUUUAUUGGAAAACUGAGCUUGUGUACUUUCCCAGCAAGGCCCAUGUGUCCCCAACUGCCAGAACAAAUACUGCAGACAGGUGACUCAGCACUGCAGAUGCUUCUCUCUCUGCCCUGGAGGCUGCUGGGUGUCACUGCACUGAAGUCAAAGUGUGGGCUGGGCUGGGCUGCCUCUGUAAGGGAAGUGUCUAACCUUGCUUGUUCCCAGUGGCCACUGGCAUUGCUUGGCUUGGUGCUGGUCAUUGCCAUCUUUAAUGUCAGCAUCUUGGUCACUCCCCUCUGACAUCAGAGGACCGUAUCCUCUGCAUGUGGGUGGAAAUUUCUGUGAACUUGUCAAUAAUGAAAAAGUGACGUUUUAAAAUGAGUUAGAAGGGGCUGGAGAGAUGGCUCAGCCGUUAAAGGCUAGGCUCACAACCAAAUACAUAAAAUGAGUUAGAAGGCCUGGUAUGGUGGCACACACCUGUAAUCCCAGCACUUAGGGUGCUGAGACCUGAGGAUCUUGAGCAACACAGUAGAAUCCUAUUUCAAAGAAGAGUUAGAAAUUGCAGAGUCGAGCCCUCUGCAGGGAAGACUGUGGGUGACUGCCAGCAGUGGCUCCAAAAGGUCCGCAGUAGUGAGUAGCUGGCCUCUCCUCCCAGAGUUUCCUCCUCAGUCUCUGCUCUAGGACAGUAAGAGACAACAUCACACAUUACCUUUAAGCUCUAUUAGGAAGAGGGAAUAAAAACUGCUCAAUUAAGAACAGGGAGAAAUAGGCAGAGGCAGGCAGAUCUCUUGAGUUUGAGGCCAGGUUGGUCUACAGAGUGAGUUCUAGGACAGCCAGAGCUACACAGAGAAACUGUCUCAAAAAGAAGAAAAAAAAAAGAAAAGAAAAAGAAAUAGGGAGAAAAAAGUAAUUUCCAUCUAUUAGUUGUUUCUUAAAUUGGCUAUUUUAUGACUUGUCCAUCUGGCAAAUUGGUUGUUCGUGAAAUCUACCUGCUUUCCAAGAAGCAACACUCAGGGCCCAGUCUGUUGUCACUGUGCCCGUACAACACUUAUUCCACAAGCUAAAGAUGGGGCCAUUGUCUUUCAGAAGCUAGGACUGAGCAGAGCUCAGGCUGGGACUGGGGGAGAAGAGGAAGAAAAACAGUGGGUGAAAAUCCCUUACCUUGAGCCCUACCUCAGUGGAACCCAGAUGUGGGCCAGUAACUGAGUCUCUGUACUGCCAGAGCCACCCCAGCAGCUGAUCAAGUGCUACUCACAGGACUGAGCUUGCAGGACAAGCAGCUUGAGCACCAGACAGGAUUUAAUACAUUAGAGCCAAAGCGUUUAUUGAGUUACUUUGUGGGCUGCUCAUGCAGCUAAGUGUGCAUUGGUAUGCACACAGUGUUCUACAUGGACUGUUAGCCAUUGUUUUAGCAUUGUCGUUAAUACUAUAACUUUAUUGUGUAACCACCAACCUUACCUGGCACACACAUAUUUUCCUUCCAUUUACUGGAGAGCUCUGACUUAGUAAUGAAAGCAUGUCCCUUCUUCUGGAGACCUCUGGGUGUUUUGUUUUGGUGGGGAGUACCCAAAACAGUUCUUGCUUUCUUGUAAUUUCAAAAUUAGAAGGCUUUGGAAGGUAGAGGCAGGAUGAUAAGGGCUCAGAGUCAGCCUCAGCUGUAUGUGGAGGAGUUCAAGGUAACCCUGGACUAUAUGAGACCCUGUCUCAAAAACAAAACAAAACAAAAAACCAAAAGCUCCUUCUGGCUACUCACAUCUAUAGAAUAUCUCUCAGGGUCAAUAUAGCUAGCUGACACCUCAUUCUUCUGUCUCCUGAAAACCUCCCAGAUUAUCUGAGCAAGUUAGACUGCUGGGGAAGCCCUGUGAGUUUAGAAAAUUAAUGUUUCAGGGCUGGAGAGAUGGCUCAGUGGUUAAGAGCACUGACUAUUCUUCCAGAGGUCCUGAGUUCAAUUCCCACCAACUAUGUGAUGGCUCACAACCAUGUGUAAUGGUUGUGUCCUCUUCUGGUGUAUCUGAAGACAGCUACAUAUUCAUAUACAUAAAUAAAUAAAUAAAUAAAUAAAUAAAUCUUUUUUUAAAUGAAUGUUUCAAAGAUAGUAGCUGUUUUGGUUGAAAGAAAAGCCCAAUGAUAAAUAUUGAAGAGGCUGGGCAUGAUAGAUAGUACACACCUAUAUCCCAAGGCUGAGGCAAGAAUUCAGGGCUAGCCUGGGCUACAUGCAAGUUCCUAGAUACCAAGGGUUAUAUAUGGUAAGACCUUGGGACAGAGGGGAGAAUGAGAGAAAAGGAACAGAGGCUAAUAAAUUUGUACCUAGCAAUACCACAGAUUAUGUUUCUUAAGAGAUAGGUUAUAGGGUGGGAAUAUAUGGCUCAGUGGUAAAGUGUUUGCCUUAGCAUGGGCAAGGCCCCUGGGGUCAAUCUCCAGCAUUGAAAAAAAAAAAAAAGCAAGGAUAAGAAAUUGCGUGUAUCCUCUUAAAAAAUAAUGUUCUUGGGGCUGAAGUAAUGCUCAACUGUUAACUGUAUAUGCCGUUCUCUCAGAGGACCUAGAUUCAGUUCCCAAGCACCCACAUCAGGUGGUUCACAACUCCCUGUAAUUCUAGCUUCAGGAGGGUCCAAGACCUCCAAAACCACAGGCACUCAUAAAUAUUUGCCUCCCUCAAAUCAUUAAACUAUUACUAGCUUAGUACUGAGUGCCUCCGUGAUUCACUACUUUCCCUGACAACACAGCACUAGUUGUCAACAUGGCCUGCGGUCCCAGACAGCCCAUUUCUUUCUCAGUACCCCUGUGGGAGCCAGCACUGAAGGCAAUGAACAGACGCUACUGUACUGUAGAGGCGACGGAUCCAGCUGUGGGUAGACAGUCAUCUGUGGUCUGACAUCUAACUACUGGAAGUUACGUAUCAAAAACUGUUUUCUCUCCACAAAGGUUCAACAAAAUCUACAGCAAUCCAGUCAAUAAUCAUAGGUAAAAGCAAGGCCGGGAUUGUAAGAGGACUGGAAGCUAAACCCAGUCAGCUUCUGAAGACACUUGUGGAACUGGAGCCUGGCCACAGUGAAGCCAGGCUUCUGUAAGCGCUGAGGGGAGGUUGUGAGACCUUAGUUUAAAUGUCACAGUUAUCUGGGUGGUGGCUCUAAUGAGAAGCCUUCAGAGUUAAGUACAUUGCAGGCUGAAUAGAGGUUAUCUUGGAACCUGACUGGAAGCUCCCAAGCUCCUGGGAAGUAAGCUGCCACCUAUUUGUUCCCAAGGCCCUCCAGCUGAGGGGAAACCUGGAAAGGGUAAACAGCCACGGAUUGCUGUAGAAGCAGAAAGCUGGCUUUGGUUAUGUGAACCUGUUGGUGUUUUCUGAUCAGUUCCAUAACAAAUAGUAAUGAGCAGAACAGUACAGAUAGCAUAACCACCCAGUGAGCCCGGCAGUCAGGACAGUUACCACGGGAGGGACACAGAAUAUGAAUGAGACUGUCUGCAGGGCCUCAUUGCUGAGAUCUGACGACUGCAGUGGUUCUUCCAAGGCAUAAACUGAUCUUGUUGGAAAGAAAAGUUCUCUCUAUUGAGAGCCCUUCCUGUGUUUGGAUCACAGAGGACUGAGGGCUGGGAGGACAGUUGCCUGCACCAGAAUCACCAUGAAAAUGCCUCUGGAUUCUUCCUGAUUAUUUAGCAGGAAGGCAAGAAAGCAGAGAUAAGGCAUCAUGUGCUUGAUGUGAACAGAACAGAGAACAUGGGGUUGGGGGGGUGGCCUAGAAUACUACAGGGAGAGUUGGUUCUGUUUGUUGCCUUUUAAACCUGUGGAAUAUAGCACACGCAUACAGACAGACAGACACACACAAACACAUAUGUAAACAUGAAUAAAUCAGCAGUGCAUAACAGUUAAGCAAACAUAUCUAGCCACUACCCAGGUGAAACUCUGAACUAUCGUUAGCCCCCAGAACAUUCCUUCCAUUUAGAACACCUUCCCCCUUGGAGUGAACCUGUCUUGUGCAGUGCAUGAUUGAGCUUGGUUUUACAUGCUUUGGGACAGGAGGUUUUAUUUCGGUAUCGUUACAUUGUUUUCCAUCUGCUGCAGGUGGCUGUAGUUUUUCUUCAAUUACUGUGUAAUAUUCUAAAGUGGGUACAUUUGCUUAUUUUUGUUUCCAGUGUUUUGUAGCUUAUCCUGCUAUAUGCAUAGAAUGGUUAAGUCAUGGGGUGUGUUUUCCUAAGAAAUGACUUCUUGCAGUGACUCGGGACUGCUCCUUUUGGUCCUCCUAUGUGUAGUUAAUGGAGCCUCACUGGUGAGUGGAUAAGAACACUAACUCAUUGUGACCUUCUUUACUGAGCUUCCCUCAGAGCGCCAGAUUGAGCUCUUUCCUGUGUUGAUUGCUAUUUUUUUAUUUCCUCCUGUGAAGUUUCUGUUCUGCAAAUUGUUUUACUUUAUUUGAGUGCACUGUUAUCCACUCACCUAUGACUGUCUGGGACUGCUGUGCAGGGGAUACAGACUAGAACAGCCCUUCCCACUGGAGAGCCCCAGGGAGCACCGAAGGCUACCAACAGGAAGGACAUGGUUGGGAGUGACUUUUGAGCUGUCCCUCUUGCCCAGACUGCUGCAUGUUGGGGCUCCUACUUACACUGUGUGCUGAGUGCUGACAUUGUAGCACACACUAGAUGCCCAGACUGCUGCAUAUUGGGGCUCCUACCUGUGCUGGGUGCUGACACUGGUACAAACACACCAGGUACACAGGGAUGUGGAAGUGGAAUUCCUCCAAAGUCUUAAAAAAAAAAAAAAAGGAAGAAAAAACGAGAGGACAAAGAGCAGAAUGUGCGAAGAAGGUCGGGAGGGAAGGAAUUUUAUUUACAAAAAGGUAUGAAUUUGGGUAGAUGAAGGACAGGCUAGUGGGGACAGGGCAUUGGCCAAUGGUCACUCUAGGAAGAGACAGACUUGAAAAAUCUCAAAAACAGUACUGAUUAAACACGGAAAAGGAACUUCCUCACAGGGCAGUGAGGGCGCUGUUGAGUGCCCGAGUGACGCUUUCCAAAAUACCGUGAACAAAAAUAAGCUCGUCGGUAAAAUAGAUUGCAUCCAAGCUCUCAGAUAACUCGUGUAGCGCCCUGCUAGCGAAGGACUGGUGAGGAACGCUGUGGGUCUAGACUACCGCGGCCCAGCUCUUCUGGUGGGCGGGAUGUGCUCGGCUACCGGGAGCAAACCCCUCCCCCCGCCCAACUGUUGGGCGGGGAAGCCUUUCAAGGAAACGAAAGUGAACUCUGGGGAGCCAGCCAUCUUACGCCCCAGGUGCGGGCCUUGCCGGCGGAGCUAUGUCUCAGGGGUUCAGGGGACCCACAGGGGUGUUCCCUCACCAGACACAGCCCUGCUUGGACCCUAGCUAUGAGCACAGCAAGUGGAGAUACCUGCAGCCACGUGGGUCGGAGUCUUACCUUAGGAGUUUCCAGCUCCAGCAGAUAGAGUUUCUCAAAGGGCGGCUCCCAGAAGCACCCUUGAUUGGAGCACAGACCCAGUCACUACCGACAUUCCUCCCAGGACACUGGCCAAGGUUCCCAGGGCCACCUGCCCAAGGAAAACAACCGGAAAUCUGGGGGUUUCCCAGGAGUGUGACUCUCAGAAAUCAGGGGUUCCAUAUAGGACCCCCACUUCCUCCUCCACACAGCAGGGGUCCGCCAUGGAGAGGUGCUGAAGGUCUUUGCUCACACUUCCAGGAGCUGAGCAUCAGUCAGAAUCCAGAGCAGAAGGUCCUAAACCGCCUGGAAGAGCUUGGUGAGGGGAAGGCCACCACUGCCUACGCGCUAGCCAGAGAGCUCAGGACCCCCAAAAAGGACAUCAAUCGUAUAUUGUACUCCUUAGAAAGGAAGGGAAAGCUGCAUAGAGGAGUGGGGAAGCCUCCUUUGUGGAGCCUUGUGCCCUUAAGUCAGGCUUGCACUCAGCCCCCUAGAGCUGUGAAUUCAGACAAGGAAGUCCCUCGAGGAGAGCCCGAUUUGGACAGUGAGGACGGAGACCCUGCCUCUGACUUAGAAGGACCUUCUGAGCUUCUUGAUAUGGCUGAAAUUAAGGAGAAAAUCUGUGACUAUCUGUUCAAUGUGUCAAAGUCCUCUGCCCUGAACCUGGCUAAGAACAUUGGCCUCGCCAAGGCCCGAGAUGUGAAUGCAGUGUUGAUUGACUUAGAAAGGCAAGGCGAUGUCUACAGGGAAGGGGCCACUCCUCCCAUCUGGUACUUGACGGACAAGAAGCGUGAGAGGCUGCAGAUGAAGAGAAGUACACACAGUGGUCCUGCAGCUACCCCAGCAGCUGUCUCAGAAGCCACUCAAAGCACCUCAUUCCCUACCUGCCACCCACCCCAAUCAGGUGGCUCAAGCAGCAUGGCAACCUCCAAAAGAGUGGAAAACGGGCAGGAGCCUGUGACAAAGUAUGAAAGUAGGCACGAGGCCCGACCAGGACCAGUACGACUGCGGCCUCAUGCUUAUCACAACGGCCCCUCUAGAGCAGGGUAUGUUGCCUCUGAAAAUGGCCCGUGGGCCACAGAUGACAUCCCAGAUAACUUGAAUAGUAUCCACACAGCACCAGGUGAGUUUCGAGCCAUCAUGGAGAUGCCCUCCUUCUACAGCCCUACCUUGCCACGGUGUUCACCCUACAAGAAGCUAACUGAGUGCCAGCUGAAGAACCCUGUCAGCGGGUUGUUAGAGUAUGCUCAGUUCACUAGUCAGACCUGUGAUUUCAACCUGAUAGAGCAGAGUGGACCGUCCCAUGAACCUCGAUUUAAAUUCCAGGUUGUCAUCAAUGGUCGAGAGUUUCCCCCAGCUGAGGCUGGCAGCAAGAAAGUUGCUAAGCAGGACGCAGCAGUGAAAGCCAUGGCGAUUCUGCUUCGGGAAGCCAAAGCCAAAGACAGUGGACAGCCAGAAGAAUUGUCCAACUGUCCCAUGGAGGAAGACCCAGAGAAGCCAGCAGAGUCCCAGCCCCCCAGCUCCUCAGCAACAUCCUUGUUCUCUGGGAAGAGCCCAGUUACUACACUGCUUGAGUGUAUGCACAAGCUAGGGAACUCCUGUGAAUUUCGUCUCCUGUCCAAAGAAGGCCCUGCUCAUGACCCCAAGUUCCAGUACUGUGUGGCAGUAGGAGCCCAGACUUUCCCCUCUGUGAGUGCCCCCAGCAAGAAAGUAGCAAAGCAGAUGGCCGCAGAGGAAGCCAUGAAAGCUCUGCAAGAGGAGGCGGCCAAUUCCGCUGAUGACCAGUCUGGAGGUGCGAACACAGACUCACUUGAUGAAUCUGUGGCUCCCAACAAGAUCCGGAGGAUCGGUGAGCUCGUAAGGUACCUGAACACCAACCCUGUGGGUGGCUUGUUGGAGUACGCCCGCUCUCAUGGCUUUGCUGCUGAGUUCAAGCUCAUUGACCAGUCUGGACCUCCUCAUGAACCCAAGUUUGUUUACCAAGCAAAAGUUGGGGGCCGCUGGUUUCCAGCCGUGUGUGCACACAGCAAGAAACAGGGCAAGCAAGACGCAGCGGAUGCAGCCCUUCGUGUCUUGAUCGGGGAGAGCGAGAAGGCAGAGCAGUUGGGUUUCGCAGAGCUUCCUCUCACUGGUAGCACCUUCCACGACCAGAUAGCUAUGCUGAGCCACAGAUGCUUCAACGCUCUGACCAACAGUUUCCAGCCCUCCCUGCUCGGCCGCAAGAUCCUGGCUGCUAUUAUUAUGAAGAGAGAUCCUGAGGACAUGGGUGUUGUUGUCAGUUUGGGGACUGGGAAUCGCUGUGUGAAAGGGGACUCUCUCAGCCUGAAAGGAGAGACUGUCAAUGACUGCCAUGCUGAAAUCAUCUCCCGGAGAGGCUUCAUCAGGUUUCUCUACAGUGAGCUGAUGAAGUACAACCACCACACUGCCAAGAACAGCAUAUUCGAGCUGGCCAGGGGAGGAGAGAAGCUCCAGAUAAAAAAGACGGUUUCUUUUCACCUCUACAUCAGCACGGCACCAUGUGGAGAUGGAGCCCUCUUUGACAAAUCCUGCAGUGACCGUGCUGUGGAAAGCACAGAGUCCCGCCAUUACCCUGUCUUUGAAAAUCCCAAGCAAGGCAAGCUUCGCACCAAGGUGGAGAAUGGGGAAGGCACAAUUCCUGUGGAGUCCAGUGACAUUGUACCCACGUGGGAUGGCAUCCGGCUUGGGGAAAGACUCCGUACCAUGUCCUGUAGUGACAAAAUCCUACGCUGGAAUGUGCUAGGCCUGCAAGGGGCGCUGUUGACACACUUCCUACAGCCUGUGUACCUGAAAUCUGUGACAUUAGGUUACCUUUUCAGCCAAGGGCAUCUGACCCGUGCUAUUUGCUGCCGUGUGACCAGAGAUGGGAAUGCAUUUGAGGAUGGACUACGUUAUCCCUUUAUUGUCAACCACCCCAAGGUCGGCCGAGUCAGUGUGUAUGAUUCCAAAAGGCAGUCCGGAAAGACCAAAGAGACAAGCGUCAACUGGUGCUUGGCUGAUGGCUAUGACCUGGAGAUCCUGGAUGGCACCAGGGGCACCGUGGAUGGACCAGGGAAAGAGUUGUCGCGGGUGUCUAAGAAGAAUAUUUUCCUUCAGUUUAAGAAGCUCUGCUCCUUCCGAGCCCGCAGAGAUUUGCUGCAGCUCUCCUAUGGGGAGGCCAAGAAAGCUGCCCGUGACUACGACUUAGCCAAGAACUACUUCAAGAAAAGCCUGAGGGACAUGGGCUAUGGGAAUUGGAUCAGCAAACCCCAGGAGGAAAAGAACUUUUAUCUCUGUCCAGUGCCCAAUGACUGAUAGUGGGGUGUGUUCCCAUGGGGUCAGAGGGAGGUCAUAGCAUUCCUCAUCACAUUGGGCCAGAGUUUAGGGGCCUUUUUUAACCCCCUCCCCCCCAUUUUUUAAUGGAGAAACCAUAAUAGAUGGUAAAGACCUUUGGUUCCCAUUAAUCCUGCUUGCUUUGGGAUUUCGAGGUGGGGUCUGGCCAAGUUCCCACCUCCCUUUUCCCAAGGGAAGAGGCCGAGAUUAAAGGAAGAGGAAGCACUACCAUUCCACAUGUAGCAUAGACAGUUCUUGAUCACAUGGAGCCUGGGCCCCUUGGGCUUAGUUCUGUGGAGUUUUUCUCAUCUCCUUUUCCUUUGCUUCACUGGCCUCUUGUGGGUUUGAUCCCAUCCCCAUCAGUUCUCUGUAAAUCAUGUCAGGGACUUAAUGAUGUCACCUGUAGAUGUGCAGGUCCCCGUUCUGUCCCCCUUCCUCCUAGGAUGCCUUCCUGUGAGGUUUCUGCUUACCCACCCCAGAGGAUAGAUAGAGGCAAACAAAGGAUGGGUGAACUGUUUACAAGGGCAGGAGUCGAAAAGUGUGUCAGGGGUUGUAGGGCAACAGGAAUGUGGUAAGAUGUGGUUGGACAGGCAAACCCUACCUAGUAAUGGGCCGUGCUGGCCCGCCAAGGCAGUUCCCCUCCUGGGCAGCUGGGAAGUUGGAAGUCAGCCAUGGGACUGAGGAAGGUGCCCAAGCCGAGCAAGACCCAGCAGGGGCCCACAAAGCACUGACCAGAGUGCAUCACCACUCCUCGGAAUGUAGCUACACCGCCAUCCGUCCUCCAUGGAGCAUCCCCAGAAGCUGGCUCUGUCCCCCGUGGGUAUGGGGACACAGGCCCCAGGGACUGGUGAAAGCCAAGGACAAGUCCUGGAGGGCAGAUUAUCUUUGUCCAGACGGAGCAAAAGUAAAUGCAAAACGUCAACGUUGGUCCGUUGGGGUUCUUCUCAUGCACAGAUACAGCAGAAGUUGACAAAGCCUUGUAUAAAAUUGUUUCUAAAAAGCCAGAGGUGUUGAUUCUGAACUGCAUCGCAGACUUGAGAUGCAAAUAUAUUUUUCCAUUAGUGAAUGUACUUCAUUAUAUCAGAUAGCUUCAGAAGCUGGUUCACAGGCAGGGCACAAGGCCUGGAAUCUUCUAUCCUGCUCCUUUGAGAAUCUUCAUAUACAUAAAAGUGUUGUAGAUGGCAGGGCAGGCUAGCCUCCCACCCUGGGGUGGGCUUCUUUGACUCCUCCCCCUCUGACAGUGAUUUGUGGCUAUGUGGGAGCCUUAGUCUUUGUAGAGUCUGACUCUAGCCUCAAAUCAACCAGACAGUUCGACCCUGCUCCAUUCUGCCCCUCCAGGACCGAGCCCACCUCUUUCCUCUGAAUGCUGCGGCUCCCUCUGGAGACAGCUGCCAGUGUGCUCAGCAGCUUCCUGCACUCCCUUGCUUACGCCUCAGUGUUGCCUGGCUCCCCCACCCUCCGGCCCACUGCCAACAGCAAACAUCACAUUCACACUAAGUCUAAUGACUACUGCCUACUCAACCCAUGAUCAAAUCUGGAUCCCACAGGAACUUAGGACUUAACAAUAUACUGGGGAUGUCUGCACAGCACCAAAUCAUCCUGCAGAACUGCUGGUGUCUGCAGAAGCGAGAGCAGCACCAUGCUUGUGUCAGCUGGAGGCAUGUUACCUUCUGGCACCCGCAUCUGAAGCAGAACCACUGUGGCCCCAAGCCUGGCAGGAAGCUUUAGAUCUGGGGUCUAAAGGCCAGAGACGUUCCCUUUGAUUCCUAGGGUUCCUCUGGUCCUUUCUGGGUAUUCACACAGACCCCUAUCUAGAAAACUUGUGGUUCUGGGUUCCUGUGGGUGGAGGAGAGCAAGGUAUCCCUGUGCUGUGUGUGCUUGCUGAAGCGAGCCACUGGUAUCUGCAUCCCACCCCACCCCUGCCUCCAGUCCUGCUGGCCAAGGGCAGAGCUCCCACUGUGUUUCCUUCACCUUUUUGUGUGAUCUUUAAAAAGCAGGGCCUCCCUCCACAACGUCUCUUAAUAAUUUCUGUAGUUGAUUUGUCUGAACUGUGGCUGUCUUGCAUUCUUUGAAUAAUCACGUUUAAGAAUUGUCAAUGCUUGAAACUAUUUCCUGUACUCAAGUUGAAGGGACUUUGUUGGCCUAGUAGGGCAGUGGCCAGGCAUAGCCUCCGCGCUGUGAUGGAUGCAGUCCCUUCUUGUGUCCCUAUACAAGUGACAGUAUACAUUCCUCAGAAUAAAAACGCUGAAGCAUCA